GUGGACUUUGUCCUUCUGUUUUAUGAGGAAGUCUUGGGUGUAGUGUCGCUCACUGAGGCACAGGACACAAAUAUGAGUGGCGUUUAAGUUAGACGAUUUAACUGAAAAGGUGUGUUAUAUCAGUACUAACAAUGUUUGGGAGUAGCAGUCCCUUUGGAAAUGACACCAGCAGCUUCACAGGAUCCAUCCACUCUGAUGCUUCCUCAGGGAUGGAUGAGGUGUCAUCACAGGCAUCAAGAAGACCCAGUGCAAAGUCAAUUUACUUGCAAAGGCAGGAGUAUGCAGUAUCUCUGAACAAGAUGAUGGAAAAGUUCCAGUACAGAGUGGAGCACUUGUUCACUUGUGACCUGAAUGGGAAGGAGUUGAGAAGCGUUGCAGACUGUGUGGAGCGGCUGAAGCUGCUGGACGGGAUGGGCCGUGUGUGGGCUCAGACCAUGCAGCUGGAGAUCCGAGGGUCCGACAUGCUGUUCACAGACGUUGAAACAAAGGAGGAGCUGGAGUCCAUGGCUCUCAGUGACAUCUUGGAGCUACGGGCUGUACCAGAUUCUGGAGCGAUUCACUCCCUGCUAACUGUGACAGUCAAGCGCAGUAGAAAACAGACCAAAACUGUCUUCAUGUUUCAGUGUGAGGAUGUCAGGGCUGACCUUGUUGAAAGGGAUUUUACUCAAGUACUCUCACGCAGCAGAGAUAAUAUGAGCAUCAACAGCACGUCAGGGAUGAAGCCCAUUCAUAACACUGAAAGAUCGCCUGAACCUAAAGAGCAGAGGCCAGCUGAGGCAGUGCCACAGUGGUCAGCUCCAGACUAUGAGGAGGAUGACAUCUCUGAACCUGAGCUGAACUUACCUCAGGAAGAGGAGGAGGAGGAGCAGGAGGAGGAGGAGGAGGAAGAAGAAGAAGUACCAACACCUCAGCCUGAAGAAGAACCUGUGCCUGCUCAACGGCCAUACACAGAGCUGGAGAGGAAUGUAGACAUCUUGAAUCACAUUGUCAGCGACAUAGAAAUCUUCAUGGGGAAAAUAGCUGCAGUGGUGGCUAAAAGUUCAAAGAAAAAGAAGAAAAAGAAAGGAAAAGCCAACGAUGACAUGCCCCCUGUUGAGGAAUUUGCAGACUGCCUUCAUAAGAUCAAAAGUGGUUUCAACCUUGUGGGGGAGCUAAAUGGAAAGAUUGAUAACCCCAGUGCUCCUGAAUUUGUUCAUUCCUUUUUCUCCACAUUGGCAUUUGUGGUAACUCACUGCCCAGAAGAUCUCCCACAGACCAUCGUAGCGCCACUGCUGACUCCGGUGUGUAUACGUCUGAUGAGUGAGGAGGCCUCUGAGGAGGAGGACCGGCUGUGGCAGUCGCUGGGAGACGCCUGGAACAUCCCCAGCACCAAAUGGCCUGAAGACGAUGAGGACAUCCCAACAUACACUCUUAAGUUUUUCGAUGGCUGGCAGCCCCCCGAGGUGUCUGAAGCAUCUGUAUCCCAGCCAGCUGUGAGGAGACCGGCGAGUCCAAAACCUGCAAAACCAGCACCUAACCAGACUCCUGCUAAGUGGACACCCGUGAAACCCCCACAAAAAGAACGCCCGGCUGAGUCAAAGGGUCAGAUGCGGGUCGUGUAUGACUUUAUCUCAAGGGACCACAGAGAACUCAGCGUCAAAAAGGGAGAAAUAGUUGAGCUGCUGGACAGAUCGAAGCAGUGGUGGAAGGUGAGGAACAGCCGAGGAGAGGAGGGCUUCGUACCCAAUAAUGUGCUGGAGGCUCCUGGUGAGCAGUCUGAGGAGAUUUCUCUUGAAAAUGGAGACGCUCCUGUUCUGACAAGAAGGUCCAAACCUGCAGAGGUGAAAGCCUGGCUGGAAGACAAGGGCUUCAGUAAGAUUACUGUGCGCUGUCUGGGCGGGCUGAGCGGCUCCAUGCUGCUGGGUAUGAGCAGAGAGGAACUGAAGCAGGUGUGUCCAGAGGAGGGAGGGCGGGUCUUCUUCCAGUUACAAGCUGUCCGCUCCGCCUUGGCUGCAGCCAGUUAAAAAAUGAAAGCAAUGAAGGAAAACAUCAUGGACUGAACAAGUCACCAGUUUUUUAACUCUGUAAGGUCUGUCUGUACUAUAACAAUGAUUUUGAUUGGGUUAACAGUUUUUGCAUAACAGAUGAUAACAGAAGAACCAUGCUACAUGUAUGAAAUGUUGAAAAGUAGUGAUCGGAUUGGUAUAUAACCUAUAAUAAAGUGUUAGAUCUAGUUAAGCAUUAAAGACACCACUGACAUUUAACAAUAUGUGCUAAUCUGAGUAAUGUAUCUAUGUUCUCUCUUAUGUAAUUAACCUGUAAAU